CCUGCGGAGGACAUAAUCGGAGAAUCAUGGCAGACAAGGGAGACGUCAACUUGGGAGGUGCGCAAUUUGCGUCGCACAAAUGGGCAGAGCCGGUCUNUUGUCGUUACCGUUAUGAUUGGCUCUCUGAUCAUCAAUCGUCGCAAANACUUCAGUAUUCUUCGAGGAGAUCUCAAUGCUCGCUCUGGAACUCUGUCACCUACAAACGAAGGACGUCCUAUGCUCUCCGACGAUGAAGGUCACGCGACAGCUCGACUCCAAAAACGCACCUGCUUGGGCAAGGAAUUUAACAUGCCCGACUCUUCAGCUUUCGCCGACAACUUGCACAGUAGAAUUUUGCAANAAUUCCCUUUCCUGAUAGAGAUGUUUUACUGGGCUCUCAACUAUGCAGCAUACAGUUUUACAAAGGCCAUCGCCGCUUCUCUGUUUGCGACAAAGGACGGCGUCACCGAGCUAGCCCAGGAGCACGGAAUCAGCAUUCUCAACUUUGAGCACAAUUCGAUGUUUUCAAUCUUUNUCCCAAUCCGUGAGGUGGAUUUCCAGGCCUUCUUCACCACCGGUCAUCCACUCGUUUUGACAUUCUUUAAUCGAAUCUACUCGCUGGUUCAUAUUCCUGGAACUGUCACGUGCGUCGAAACUUUAUCAAAAAUUNUCCUUUCAUGGUAUUACUAUGCCGCUCCGGAUCAUGCAGCUUUCGCAGUCGCCAGACGUACCAUGACUCUAGGCAACUUUGCUGCAUUUUUCGUCUUCUGUUUCUACCCUUGCAUGCCACCACGCCUUUUGCCAAAGUCUUUUGGCUUCCACGAUACUGUUCGUCAAGACAAUGCCGAGAGUGUCUGGGUAGGUGGCAAGAACGUCAACCAACUUGCGGCCAUGCCUAGUCUUCACUUUACCUAUGCAUUCGUGAUCGGCUGCACUUUUAUCUACCAUUCUGGUAUUCACUGGCGUUCUGAGAACAAAGCACUCCAACAAUCAACUUUCGCAAGAUGUCUCUGGUUAUUGGCUGGACUUUGCUACCCUCUGCUGGUUCUGUCGGUCAUUGUCGCAACUGCCAACCACUACUACUUGGAUGCUGUAGUGGCUCUCUUAACCACUUCUGUCGCAUUCUUCAUCAACAGAAUCUGGAUGCUUCUACUUCCAGCAGAGGCCAUGCUGUGUUGGGUAUUGCGCUUGAAAAAGCCUGUUCCCACCACCGGACAACGUCUGGAGACAGCCAAGAAGGUGAAGGAAGACGAGAUCGACUACCGUUAUGAGGUCGUG